AUGGACGUUACGCCUGAAAAUGAAAAAUUAUUACUUCUUGGUCUAAUUUCUGGUACUUUAAUUACUGUUUUCCUAUAUUGUAUCUUCCCAGUUUUUGUACAAGUUUAUCGCUCAAAUCGGGAAAAUUACAAAUCGAAUCCAUUAUAUCCAGUUAUAAAUCAAUUAUACCGAUUUUUAUGGGGUUUUCAUAUAUCUGUAAUAUUACUAAUUGUUUAUAUUUAUCUGAUGACAAGUAAUAAACUUGCACUAGACGGAAUAGUUUUUAUGUUUCUCACUGCUAUGAUUUGUAUUCUCUUCUAUAUCGUAUUGGUAUAUCUUCUAGUUUACCAGUUAUUUAAAUUAUCAAUAUUGGCAUUUCAAAGCUUUUUAAAGUUCAUUUUCCCAUCUUCCAAUUCAUCUUUUCUGUAUCCAAAAUUUUCAAAAAACGCGUCAAAUAUGAUUUAUAUACUUUUUUUGAUGUUACUUGCCUACCAAUCGUAUUCAUUAAUGUCCCAGCCAUUCUACCAGACGGGAGAAAUGUUCAGAACUUUUUACCUUCCUCUCAAUGCGAUUCUGCUAGUUGCUACUUUCUUGAACAUUAUCAUUUUUAUUAAAAACGAAUUGAGACCUGUCAAAAAACCAGAUCCACUUCAGAAAUGGAUGUUUUUCCAAACCGUGUUGAUCAGUGGCUUCAAACUGCUUCAUUUCUGGGUUCCAUUUUUCAUUGGGGAUGGUGGCAAAGCAAUGCAACAUUAUAUAAUCAUAUCAAUUGGAUCGGAUAUAUUGACUUGUGUCAUGUUUGUACAAGUCUCCUAUCUUAUUGUUUAUAGACACAAAAUUCGUGAUUUGAAAUUUGAGGAUUUGUUCAGUUCAGCUUUCUCCCAACAAGGAAGAAUUGAACCACGGGAAUCUAUUCAGAGUUUAUCAUCGAUUCGAUUCUAA